AUGCAGGGAGUUGAUAAUGAUGUUGGGUUUAACAAAUUGCCAGAUGACAUAAUAAUUGCCAUCCUGUCCCGUCUCAGUCCCAAGGAAGCCGCCAGGUCUAGUGUCCUCUCUCGUAGAUGGAGAUACUUGUGGUUUUGCUCGUCCGGUAUCCUUGACUUUGAUAACCGCAAAAUGUUCACCUCCCAUGACCGCCAAAUGUUCAAGUUCGAGGACGACUUCUACCAAGACGAAUUACAUGCUUGGGAAAUAUGUGACAUACAAAAAAAAUUUGUUGCUAGAAAACAAUUUCUGUUCAGAAAAUUCGUUGCCUGGGUCAACCGUGUCCUGAAGAUGCAUCAAAGCCCGACUCUCCAAGGCCUAAUCAUACACUUUAGUACAUCGCGUGACAAAUCCCCUUUUGGCCGCCGCCCGGGCUACAUCGACAGCUGGAUAUAUUCCGCCAUGAGGAAGAAAAUAAAGAUGCUGGAAUUGAAUUUCCCGGGAAACCACUAUGAAUUCCCGAACCUUGACCUACUGUUAUUAUACUCGCCAGACGCUGGAAAGUUUGGUUUUGGAUCCCUAAUGUCCCUUAGCUUGGAGGGCGUUGAUGUCGAGGACACGGUGGUUAGGCAUUUUCUAGCCUCAUGUCCUUACCUCGAACACCUUUGCAUAAGGAAAUCCAAUGCCACCAAGAGACUCCGAUUUGUGGAUCCUUUGCCGAGUUUAAAUGUUUUGGAGAUUUCUGAUUGUUAUUUUAUCAGGAAACUAGAAGUUUCUGCCACAAGUAUUGUCUCGUGUACGUACAAUGGAUCCGAUGCCAUUUUUCCAUUCAAGAAAACACUGAAUCUGUCCGAGCUGACUCUUGGUCGUAAAUUUGCCCAGUUCUUUAUUUAUGAGCCUUCCAAGCACAUGAGUUAUUCGGCCCAGCUGGAGAAACUAACAUUGAAUAUUCACAAAACAUGGUUCCAUUUCACUCCAGAAUUCGGACUUCCUCCUCCUGAUUUGCCAAAGCUAUGCUCUCUCAAGCAUCUGGAGUUGAAUGUUACGUCCACCAUUAAGAGCAUAUACUUCUUCAUCUCAUUGAUUAAGGCGGCUCCUUUAUUGACCGAAUUUAGGAUGAAGAUUACCUAUGUCAGAAAAAGCAAGUCGUACCUG